AGCAUGCAAAUAUGUGUCUGUCGUUUCUGUUCCUGUGUGUGGAAACACACAGUUGAUGGAGGGACGCCUCGCUGUUGUCACUUCCUUUUAAUGCCUUGUGGUCUGUUUGGUUCAGCUGUAAACUGCAACGCUUCAAACUGCCGUCAACCCGUCUUGCGGUUCGGCAGUCAGGCUCAUUCUAAAACGUUCGCUCUCUGCUCCUGUUAACACUUUUUCAUGAUGCUGCCCGUUUUGCCUCAGCGCCGCUCGAGUGCUCAACCUCCAGAAAUAUCGCGAUCAUUUUAAAGAAGACCGGCGUUCGGUGUUUCAGGUUAGUCUUCAGAAUCACUCAACGUUCAGACGCUGCAAGCCACGGGUUUCCGUAUCCGGAGUGCGCCAUUUUGAACGGUUCCUUUUUAUCUGCAGUCUUAGUUUUUCAGCAGGCCUCCGGCGUAUGAAGCGGUCGAGCCAUUAGACCUGGAGGAGUUCCUGAUGACGCAGCUGAGGAGCGAAGACUCGGCACUCAUGCAGGAGCUCGGGGACUUUCCUGACGAUGACCUGAAGGUGGAGCAGGUGGAGAAAGAGUGUCGCACCAUUCGACACUCCGUCCCGGAGGACGGAGUUGAGCUGGAUCCACAUGUCAGUGGCUGCGUAGAGAGUUACACUCAGCCGUGGCUCGUAGUCACCAGAAGGUGCCAGGGGGAUGGCUGGGGUGCGUAUUCGGAGCGAGCUGGCCUUCACAAGCUCCUUCGGAAACAGACGUUUGAGUCAGACGUUCAGCCAGAAGACCAAGACAAACCAGUUAAGUCUCCGACUCUGGCAGGGUUGAGCGAUGACUCCAGUCGCACGCUGACCUCCUCUGACUUUGACUUGCGGGGUCUGACCCCGGACCAGAGGGUGGAGGGUCUGACGGCCUUCAGCAGCCACGAGGAGCUGGACCGCUUCAAUCAGGAGGCGCGGCAGGGGAACCGACACCCCGAGCUCUUCGCUCUCUACCCACCCCUCGAUGAGGAAGAUGCGGUGGAAAUCCGACCCAUUCCCGACUGCCCCAAAGAACACACUGGAGAACGUAUCCUGGUCCGAUGCCAGGCCAUAAAGUUCGAAAUAGACAUUGAGCCCAUAUUUGCCACCAUGGCCUUGUACGACCUCAAAGAGAAGAAGAAGAUAUCGGAGAACUUCUACUGUGAUUUGAACUCGGAGCAGUUCAAAAACUUCUUGAAACCUCACACUCCUCAUAUGGAUCAUUCCACCCUGGCCAGAUCUGCCAUCUUUUCCAUCACCUACCCUUCCCCUGACAUAUUCCUGGUCAUGAAGAUUGACAAGGUCCUCCAGCAGGGAGAAAUCAGUGACUGCGCCGACCCCUACGUAAAUCUCAGAGAAAGCGACUCAGCGAAGAACAAGGACAAGCUCGAUAAGCUGCGGGCUCAGGCCGAGGCUUUCUGCCACAGGUUGGGCCGUUACCGUAUGCCUUUCGCCUGGGCAGCCAUAAACGUCAUGGAGGUCAUCUCUACUGCUGCGCUAGACGUCACAGACUCGGAUAGCCUCAAAGGAGGGAAAUCCAGCAGCAUUGACCGCAGAAUGCAGCUUCCCAGGAGGAACUCUGAACGUUACAGCACCAUCGAUGAACAUUUUUUCAACAUUUCUUCCUUCAAACCUGCCACCAUCACUAUCGCCACCAUCUUUAAACAGGAGGGAGAUCGGCUGAGUGAUGAGGACUUGCUGAAGUACCUGGCUGAUAUCAAGAAAACUCCCCAAAGAAGAAUCAAGACAAUACCAGGUUGCAUAAAACUCGACAUGUCUCCAGUUCACGACACACCUAUGGGGUGUCUGUCCACCGAGCUCAUCCCUCUCAUACCUGUUGCUGAGAAAAACAUUCGGCCCAUUAAAGAAGUGCUCGAGUUCCCCUCCAAUGAGGUUUAUGUUCCUCACAACAUUUACAGGAACCUGAUAUACGUCUAUCCCCAGAGGCUCAACUUCGUCAACAGACUGACGUCAGCAAGAAACAUCACCAUCAAAAUCCAGUUCAUGAGCGGCGAGGAUCCCAGCUGCUCUUUACCUGUCAUCUUUGGGAAAUCAAGCGGCCCUGAAUUUUUACACGAAGUCUGCACGCCUGUUACCUACCAUAACAAGUCUCCAGACUUCUACGAGGAAGUGAAGCUGGUUCUCCCCGCCCGUCUGACAGACAGACAUCACCUGCUGUUCACUUUCUACCACAUCAGCUGUCAGCAGAAACAGAACCAGAGCGCCAGCUGUGAGACGCUCAUCGGAUACUCUUGGCUGCCCAUACUGAACAGUGACCGGCUGCAGACUGGUCAGUUCUGUCUCCCUAUCGUCCUGGAGCGACUCCCGCUCAACUAUUCUCUGCACACACCUGAGAAACUUCCUCAGCAGGUCCCUCCAGUCAAGUGGAUGGAAAGUCACAAAGGACUUUUCAACUUGGAGGUCCAGGCUGUGUCAUCUGUGCACACACAAGACAACCACCUGCAGCGCUUCUUCACCCUCUGCCACGCGCUGGAGGGCGGCGCCACCUUCCCCGUGCGGGUCAGGGAGGAGAAGAUUCCUGAGAACAAGCUGGAGCACGAGCUGAAGCUCAGCAUCAUAUCCCUGUCCUCCUCCAGUCUGGAGCCUCUGGUCCUGUUCCUGUACCGGGUGCUGGACAAGCUCUUCACCCUCAUCAUGCAGCCCAUGGUCAUCGCCGGCCAGACCGCGAAUUUAGCCCAGAUAGCGUUUGAGUCCGUGGUCUCCAUCGUCAACAGUCUCCACAGCAGCCAGGAGCUGGUCAGAGAUCAGCAGGGUCGGAACAGCCUUCUGGCGACCUACCUCUACUGGGUGUUUCGUCUGCCUGAUCCCCCUCGAGACGUGCAGAGUGCAGCUGCGGGGGCCGCGGUCACCUCAGCAGAAGGCCGUUACAGCACCAUGGGUCGAGCCACAGCUGCAACAGUGGGUAACAUGCUCCUCCAGUCCCGGGUCCGGAGCAGCAGCAAUCCCGACAUCCCCGCGCCCUCGACCUCUGCUGAAGACGCCGAAGUCAGGAACAUCCUCGCUGCCAAGGGCCACAACAACCCCGGCAGCCGCAUGUCCACCUAUGUGGACACGAACUCCCACCAGAGCCCCACAGGGAACACCCGGCCCUCCAACAGGAAGCAGUUUCAUGAGGAGCUGGCUCUCCAGAUGGUCGUCAGUACAGGAGUCUGCAGAGAAAAUGCAUAUAAAUAUGCCUGGUUCUUCUUUGAGCUGCUGGUGAAAAGCAUGGCUCAGCACGUGUCUCAGCUGGACAAGCACAACGUCCCCCGAAGAAGUCGUUUCUCUGACCGAUUUAAAGACGACAUCACCACCAUUGUCUCCGUGGUUACAGCUGAGAUUGGGACCAUCCUCGUCAAACAACAAAAGGAGCUAGAGCAAGCAGAGAAAGUCAACAUCAGCCUGGCCUUCUUUCUCUAUGACCUGAUGUCUCUCAUGGAUCGAGGAUUUGUCUUCCAGCUGGUGAAAAACUACUGUAACCAGAUGUCGGCUAAAGGCGUUGCAAUGCCAACGCUGAUCAGCAUGCGUCUGGAGUUUCUGCGAAUCCUGUGCAGUCAUGAGCACUACCUCAACCUGAGCCUGUUCUUCAGCAGCCCUGCGUCUGCGCCCGCCUCCCCCUGCCCAUCCAUCUCCUCACAGAGUUCUGGUUCAUGUAGCUUUCAGGAGCAGCAGAGGAUCUUGGCUCUGUUUGAGCUUUCUCCAGAAUUCAAGCAGCAGCACUACCUCACCGGUCUGCUUCUCACAGAGCUCAGCGCUGCGCUCGACAUGGAGUCGGAGGGGGGAAAAGUCCAGAGAAAGGCCAUCAAUGCCAUCUUUAGCCUGCUGUGCUCUCAUGAUCUUGACCAUCGCUGUAUUAAAACUGAUGUCAGAGCCAAGGUGGCAGCUCUCUACCUCCCCCUGGUGGGCAUUAUAAUAGACUCCACCAACUACCUGGAUUUCACAGUUUCUGACACGCGCUGUGGGAAAAACAAGACGGGCGGACCUGAGGAUGACCUUGAAAAUGUCCCGCCUAUCAAUCAGUCUGUUGCCAUGGCGAUCGCCGGGAACCCCUUCAACACGCUGGGACGGAAUGUUCUCGUUUCCAUGGCAUCCAUGCAUGGUAAAUCCAUAGCCACGCUGCCGGCCGACACCAGUCGCCACCUGCUGGUGUGUUUCCUGUGGGUGAUGAAGAACGCCGACAGGAGCCUGAUCCAGCGCUGGACUGUAGACAUGCCUCCGUCACAGCUCAACAAGCUGCUGGAGCUCCUCACCAUCUGUGUGUCCUGCUUUGAGUACCGGGGUAAGCAGAGCAGUGACAAAGUGAGCACCCAGGCCUUACAGAAGUCUCAGCAAGCCAAGCUGCAGCUGGAAGAGGCCCUGCUGAGAGGAAUGGGUGCCCGUGGGGAAAUGAUGAAACGAGUUGGAGGGAUGGAUCGAACGAUUGGUCAGAGAGAAAACCUGCGCUGGAGGAAGGAUCUCACACAGUGGAGGCAAACUAAUGACAGACAGGACAAGACUAAAGCAGAGUUGGACCAGGAGGCUCUGAUUAGUGGCAACCUCGCCACAGAGACCAACCUCAUAGUGCUCGACCUGUUGGAGACCAUUGUACAGGCCGUGCCGAUGGCUGACUGUAAGGACAGCGUGGUUGGCGGGGUAUUGAAGGUGUUGCUCCACUCCCUCACCUGCAAUCAGAGCACCACUUUCCUCACUCACACCUUCAGCACGCUCCGAGCCCUUGUCGUCAAGUUUGGAGACCUGUUGUUCGAGGAGGAGGCGGAGCAGUGCGCUGACCUGUGCCAGAAGGUCCUUCAGUACUGCAGCAGUCCUGUUGAUGACAACAGGAGCCAGGCCUGUGCCACCCUCUAUCUCAUCAUGAGAUACAGCUACAGUAAUGCCAGUAACUUCUCCAGAGUGAAGAUGCAGGUCACCAUGUCUCUGGCCUCGCUGGUGGGCAAGUCCUCGGAUUUUCAGGAGGAAUACCUGCGGCGCUCCCUUCGCACCAUCCUGGCCUACGCAGAGGAGGACACGGAGAUGCAGAGCACUCAGCUGCCCUCGCAGGUGGACGAACUCCUAAGAAACCUCAACAGCAUUUUGUCUGACACGGUGAAGAUGAGGGAGUUUCAAGAAGAUCCCGAGAUGCUCAUGGACCUCAUGUACAGGAUAGCAAAGGGCUACCAGACGUCUCCUGACCUCCGGCUGACCUGGCUGCAGAACAUGGCUGAGAAGCACAACGACAGGAAGUGCUACACUGAGUCGGCCAUGUGUCUGGUGCACGCCGCUGCCCUGGUGGCCGAGUACCUCAGCAUGCUGGAGGAUCACAAGUACUUGCCUAUUGGCAGCGUCACCUUCCAGAACAUCUCCUCCAAUGUGCUGGAGGAGUCGGCGGUGUCGGAUGACAUCCUGUCCCCAGAUGAGGACGGGGUGUGCUCCGGACGCUACUUCACCGAGAACGGCCUGGUGGGCUUGCUGGAACAGGCCGCCGAGCUCUUCAGCAACGGUGGUCUCUAUGAGGCAGUGAACGAGGUCUACAAGAUCAUCAUACCAAUCCUGGAGGCACGUCGAGAUUUCAGGAAACUGGCGUCCACUCAUGACAAACUUCAGAGAGCCUUUGAUAACAUCAUUCAGAGGGGACCGAAGAGAAUGUUCGGAACGUACUUCCGAGUUGGAUUUUAUGGGGCCAAGUUCGGUGACCUGGAUGAACGGGAAUUCAUUUACAAGGAGCCUGGGAUAACACAUCUGCCCGAAAUAUCACACAGGCUGGAGAAUUUCUACUGUCAAUGUUUUGGGGAAGACACAUUGGUGAUGAUCAAAGACUCCACCCCCGUGGACAGAAGACAGCUCAACCCCAACAAGGCUUAUAUCCAGGUCACUUUUGUGGAGCCAUACUUCGACGACUACGAGAUGAAAGACCGGCUGACAAACUUUGAGAAGAACUUCAACCUGCGGCGGUUCAUGUACACCACGCCCUUCACCAAGAGCGGGCGGCCUCGCGGCGAGCUCAACGAGCAGUUCAAGAGGAAGACCAUCCUCACCACCAUGCAUGCCUUCCCUUACGUCAAAACCCGCAUCAACGUCAUCCAGAAGGAGGAGUUUGACCUGACUCCUAUCGAGGUGGCCAUAGAGGACAUGCAGAAGAAGACGCGGGAACUGGCCGUGGCCACACACAGAGAGCAACCCGACGCUAAGAUGUUACAGAUGCUGCUCCAAGGCUCCGUGGGGGCCACGGUUAACCAGGGCCCGUUGGAGGUAGCCCAGGUCUUCCUGAAUGAGAUCCCGGCGGAUCCAAAGCUCUUCCGUCACCACAACAAACUGCGCCUGUGUUUCAAAGAGUUUAUAAUGAGGUGUGGCGAAGCAGUGGAGAAGAACAAGCACCUGAUCACAUCAGACCAGAAAGAGUACCAGCAGGAGCUGAAAAAGAACUACAACCGCCUGAGAGAGAGCCUGAGGCCGAUGUUGGAAAGGAAGAUUCCCGAGCUCUACAAACCCAUCAUCAGGCCCCGGCUGGAGAACAGGGAUUCUUUCAAACGCCUAAGUUUCCGCCGAGCUCAGGAGGAAAACUCCUGAGAUGCCACAACUUGCCUGAGUGAGAGCACUACGGAGAAUGAAAGCGAGGCUGUUGCUCAACCUGUGUGAAGAAACGAGAGAAUAAGAUAAAAGAGGAGGAGGGAAAUAAAAAGCGGACCGCUGGCGAUACCCUCGCACACUGCUGUGCUGGAGUAGUACAUCGUGUCCACGAUGGAAGACUCGCACCUUCUCACAUACCCAGCAGUUUGUAAUAAAGUCUGCUGCACGUCCACUUUCAACAUGUCCCAGCUGCUUGGAACAAGAGGCAAGCGAAAAGCAAAGAGUAGCUUAUUGAUCAUUUCACUGUAAAAACCUCCAAUACGGUGGCUUUGUCAAGUGUCUUUUUUUUAUUUCUUUCUUCAAUAAGAAAAAGUCCUAAUAAUGCUGCAAAUGUCUCCUGUGGGUUGGUAAAGAAGCUGUGGGACUGGCCCAGCACUUGUGUGGCUGCAAAUACCGUUUGUGUCCUACGUGUGAAUAUGUAUGUAAAUGUUUGAGCGGCGUGUUUCUUUAGAGUAGCAACAUUUUCGUGCCAUACUGAAGUCACUGCGAAUUCGGUGAUGGUAAAUUAUUCUGCUAUGUGCUAAACGGCCUCUGAAAUUCCACUCUGGGCAUCUAUGCAUGACCUGUGCCAGUUAGAGCAGAAAGAGUUGGGAUAGAUUUGUGCUCUGGAAAAAUAGGUACAAUUCCCAGUGUUACCUCUUUAGAUCAUUUCUGUCUCAGAACUGUUGGUCAAACAGCAAUUUAACCAUGUAGCAAAGAGAAGAGUUCAACUUUUAGAGUUUUGUGAUAUGAAAUUACAUAGAUGGCACAUAGCAGUCCACAUUUUGUACAUAGUAGAAGUAUUACAUUGGAUAGAUAUGAGAAUGUUUACAGAGCUAUGAAAAACUAUUUUGAAUUUUAUUUGACAAAAAUUUAUUUUUAGAUAACAUGAAUAAUUAUAUGAAUUGGAAAUAAUAUUCAGUGACUGACUUUAUGUCCAGUAGCUUUGGUAGAUCUUUGAAAAUAGAGAACUUCCUAUGAAACGCAUAGUGCCAAAUUUAAUUCCUCCCUUAUUUACUUAUCUGUUGUCUUUUUUGUUUGUUUUUCUAAGUCACUCCACAGCUGUGCUUUGCAAAGCAAAUCCUGUUUACCACACGUUUCAGAGUACAUUCCUGGAGAGAGGCAUUGGAGUAUUAAAUAGUGAUGAUCAGAUUUUUAUGAAAUACCUGUAAAACUUUUCUCAUUUUGUUUGAUGUCAUGUUGCAGGCCACACUGUGUCUCGCUAAUGUAAACAGUAUGGCAUGUCAAUAAUGGGUAUUCAUUUUACAUACAUUGUCACAGAUUGCUUGGAUUUUUUUUUUUUUUUUUGCACUUUUCUAGGUACAUUUGAUAUUUAUUAGCUGUUGAUUUUUUUAAUGGCUUAAUAAAAUAAACUAAAACAAAACAGCA